GAGUUUUUUUUUAAUCGUGCAAGUAGCUUUUUCUUUCUUUUUUUCUAGUAUCUUUUUUUUCUCCAAAAGGCGCCUUGGUCAACUUUCUCAACUAGCUACUUGCCUUUUUUUUUUGUUUUUUUUUUGUUUUGAAACGAUACUUGCACUUUUGUUUUAGGAAAAUAUUGAAUGGCAUGGAAACGACCAUUUCAGAAGACCUCUGUUGCACGGAAAAAUUGAUUAUGACCUAGCUCCAUCUAAUUCAAUAUAUAAGUUCCUCACUCACGAAGUUGCGCUCCACUUGCCGCAAACAAACAUUUGUGAUAAUAAGCUUUUGAUUUAUAUGCUGCUCUCACGUACAACAUACUUCAGUUAAGUAUCACUCAAUUCAAAGAUUGUCGUCGUUGAUUUCUCGUGAAGGAAGGAGAAGAACUUGUUGAUCGGUGAGGAAGAUGGUCAUGGCUCCUUCAAGUGAUACUAAUGCCACUGUGAUCUUCGAGGAAUCAACUUCCAAGUACUUGGUGCUCUUGAACGGAUUAACAAUUGAAACCACAGUGACAAACAAAGCCAUUGUGGCACAGGAAUGGGUUCAUCAAGUUUCAUCAACACAUGUUGCUGGAAGCCAAAUGCUAGUAGGGUUGGACACUGAAUGGAUGCCUGCUGACAAAAGGAAGGAUAUGAAAACAGCAAUCCUUCAACUUUGUGUUGAGGACAAGUGCCUAAUAUUCCAGCUACAUCACAUGGACUAUAUUCCCAUGUCCCUCAGAAGCUUCAUGACACACCCAGAAUUCAAAUUUGUUGGGGUUGGGGUGAAACAAGAUAUUCAAAAGCUUGAGAUGGAUCAUUGGUUGGAGUGCAAUGGCGGCAUAGAUGUAGCCAGGUUGGCAACGAAACAAUGGCCCGGUAGAUAUAAGUCUUUACCGGGAUUAAAAUGUUUGGCAAAGGAGCUGGUGGGUCUUGACAUGAAGAAGUCGAAGGAUGUGUGCUUAAGUAAAUGGGAAUCAAAAGAGCUGACCAAAGCUCAAGUUGAAUAUGCUUGCGUUGAUGCCUAUGCAUCAUAUAAGAUUGGUAAAAAGCUCCUUAUUGAUGGAGGACAUGAUGAUUUGCCUUUUUAAGUUGAGAAUUUGAAAAAUCUGGAUAAAAUUUCAAUAAUGCAUGGUAUUAGACUUUCUAAGCAAAAUAAAUGUUGAUGCUUGAGGAUAUAGUAACCAUAGAGGUUGAUUAUAUAUGUUGUAUCAAUCGGUUCAAUUUGAAGGGAUGUCUGGACAAAUUACUGAAGCAGCACAUUUGUAUUUC